GAGGCUUCGAGGCUCCAGCCUGACUGACGCCGGUCUGGGCUGCCUGGGCUGUUGCUGCUGCUGCUGCUGCCGCUGCUGCUGCCGCUGCUGCCGUUGCUGUUGCUGCCGCCGCCGCCGCCGCCGCCGCCGCCGAUGCUUCUUCAGCCGCUGCCCUGCCGCUGUCUGUGUCUCUGCCGCCGUCGUCGCUGCCGCCGCUGCCGCCAGGCAGCCAGUCCUCACGCCUAAGGGCAGGCGGAGGGAAGCGCUCCUGAGAGGGGGGCCGGCACCCGGCACCCACCAGAAAGGAGGGGGCAGCGAGAAGCGGGUGGGGGAGGGGGAGUGGCAUCACCAGGGACAGGUCAGAAAUGAAAGGUCCAGAGAAGUUUAUGACUUACUAAGUACAAGUGCUGGGAUUUGAACUUGGGUUCAAGCCAGGGAGUUUGGAAGGAAACAUCAGUGGAGACUCAAGGAGUUACAUGGACAGCAGAGAUGGAGAAGAAUGUUAUCAAAUAUACCUAGGCUCCAUCAAGGAUCAACUGGCACUUUCAGAUUGUUGGGAAAAAGACAACAUCCUUCCCAGCUGGAAUCUCUCUCAUCUGCUCCCAGAAACAAGGAAGCAGCUAUACCUGUGGACAGCCCCUGAAAUUACUCGAAUGACCCUUUCUUCAAUCUUUAGUCAGAGAAGGGAAAUCUUUUGUUUCUUUCUGAACCUACAAUUCUCCAUCUGCCUCUUAUGCACUCCAGCACCCCUAUUAGCUCUCUGUUCUCCUUCACUAGCCCAGCAGUAAAAAGACUGCUUGGCUGGAAACAAGGAGAUGAAGAGGAAAAGUGGGCUGAGAAGGCUGUCGACUCUCUGGUGAAGAAACUAAAGAAGAAGAAGGGAGCUAUGGAAGAACUAGAGAGGGCUCUGAGCUGCCCAGGCCAACCCAGUAAAUGUGUCACCAUACCACGAUCCCUAGAUGGAAGGCUGCAGGUGUCCCACCGAAAGGGUCUACCCCAUGUGAUAUACUGCAGGGUAUGGCGCUGGCCAGAUUUACAGUCUCACCAUGAAUUAAAACCACUUGAAUGCUGUGAAUUUCCAUUUGGUUCAAAGCAGAAAGAAGUGUGCAUUAACCCAUAUCACUACCGCCGAGUGGAAACCCCAGUGCUUCCUCCUGUGCUUGUACCAAGACACAGUGAGUUUAACCCCCAGCUCAGUCUUCUGGCCAAGUUUCGGAAUGCAUCCCUCCACAGUGAGCCCCUGAUGCCACAUAAUGCUACCUAUCCAGAGUCCUUUCAGCAGCCCGCAGGCUCUGCCUACUCAUCAUCGCCCAGCCACAUGUUCUUGCCAUCUCCCAGCACUGUAAGCUACCCUCAUUCCCCAGGAAGUUCAUCUGGGCCAGGGAGUCCAUAUCAACUCACAGUUGAUACACCACCCCCACCUUAUCAUGCCACAGAAACACCAGGGAGCCACAAUGGACGACCUCUAGAUGCCUCAGCUGACAGCCAUUUAGUGUUGUCAUUGCCUAAUGGAGACUUUCGGCCCGUUUGUUAUGAAGAGCCUCAGCACUGGUGUUCCGUUGCCUACUAUGAACUCAACAACCGAGUUGGGGAGACUUUUCAGGCUUCUUCUAGAAGUGUACUCAUAGAUGGAUUCACGGAUCCUUCAAACAACAGGAACAGGUUCUGUCUUGGACUUCUUUCUAAUGUAAACAGAAACUCAACAAUAGAAAAUACUCGGAGACAUAUAGGAAAGGGUGUUCACCUGUAUUAUGUUGGGGGAGAAGUUUAUGCCGAAUGUGUAAGUGAUAGCAGCAUUUUUGUACAGAGCCGUAACUGCAACUAUCAGCAUGGAUUUCACCCAGCCACUGUCUGCAAGAUCCCCAGUGGCUGUAGCCUGAAGAUUUUCAACAAUCAACUCUUUGCCCAGCUGCUUGCUCAGUCAGUUAAUCAUGGCUUUGAAGUCGUCUAUGAGCUGACUAAGAUGUGCACUAUUCGAAUGAGUUUUGUUAAGGGCUGGGGAGCUGAAUAUCAUCGUCAGGAUGUCACCAGCACACCCUGCUGGAUUGAGAUUCAUCUUCAUGGACCACUGCAGUGGCUGGACAAAGUUCUCACACAGAUGGGUUCACCGCAUAACCCCAUUUCUUCAGUAUCUUAACAGCGAUCUCUAAAGUUACCCUUCUAAUAGAAUAGAUGCUAUUGCAGGCAGUGGCUUAUAUCAUUUCAUAUUUGCAGUUAACUGAAGUUUCUAAAUAUAUGUAUAAAUACAAAUGAUAUACUAGCCAUAUUUUUUUUCACAGUCUGUUUUGUGCUUUCAAGUUAGAAGGAUGCCAAUACAAUGAAAUUAGGAAGUCAGAUUUAUUGUGUCUGUGCUAUGUUAAGAAUCAGCUUUUGUCAGAGGAAACAAUGAGGGACAUUGUGUCAAUAGAUUUUGUAGGAUAUUGCUAGAAUGAGAAAAGCAGCUGCUAUCUCUCAUGUCAUUACGAGACAUUGGGAAUGUUCUGGGUCAGUGGAAUAUGUUAAACUGUUUAUACGGAAAAUAUACAAUACCAGCAGCACCAAGCAAAUAACAUUUUCAAACAAAACAAAAAACCCAAGUCCACAUAUUUUAAAAUUAUUCCACUUUUAGUGCUGUUGGCAAGAACAAAUCAGGAACAUAAAACAAAUCUUACAAGAUAAGUCAAAGACAUCUUUUGUUUCUGAAAUAGAACUACCCCUAAUAUUCUGCUGAUAUUAGUGGUGCAUUUAAAAAAGAAUUUAAGUUGUGAUGGGAAAAGAGACUGGAACUGUGAGAUUUAGAGUUUGUUCUCUUGUAAUCCAUCAUAGUAAAGUUUCUUAUCUAGGAAGAGACUCAGAGAAAAUGGACGGAAAAAAUCAGUUGCUAAGAACAUGCUGUGGAUUGGGUAGUCAUAAUAAUAAUAAUAACUCAUUUAUAUAUCACUUAGACAUUGACAAGGUACUUUUCUCACAAUAACACUGUGUGGUAGGUAGCAAAAGGAUGCCCAUUUUACAGGUGAGGAAAGAAGACUCAGAUAUAAGUGAUUUGCCAAGGCUCACACAAUCAAUUUUAGAUCAGAUGGGAGUUUGGCUCUAGAAGCUGUCCUACCCCGAGGAAAUAAAUCCCUUUUUCCUGUGUUUGUGCCAGGUCUUCUUUCUACGCCUUGCCACUGAGAGUGAAGACCAGUUGUCAUGGAAGGAGGGACCACAUAACUAGCCCUACAAGAAGGACCACAUUUCCAUUGCCACAGUACAGCCUCUGGGAGGUUGGUCCUUCUGUCUUGAUCCUUCCAUGCCUUCCGUCUCUCUCCAGCCAUUGACUUUGGCCAGUAGUAGCCAUCCAGCUGAUACACACUGUGUGCAAAACACUAUGAGGAUGUUUUGCAAAAGUGACUAUCUGUGAAGCAGAAGGGCUCUUCGCAUCAACGCUGCUGUGGCUCAGCCCCAAACUUGCUGUAGCCUCUCUUUUUUGCUGUGACCACCAAACACUUCACCCAUAAAAUGUUAAUCACUUCAGUGUGCCCUCGAACCCUUACAAGAGGAGUUGCUGAAUAAUGGAAGAUCUUUUAAAAAUUGUACACUGUUCUCACUCUCUAAGUGGAAGAAUAAGACAUGUUUAAAAUUUCAUUACACACUAUGAAAAAAACCCCACCAACUAAGCACUGCAUCAUUUAAGAAAUAUUUUUCACAAAUGCUUAAUAAUUAUAUUACUUUCAGAGCUAGAAGGAACUUUAGAAGUCUUCUAGUUUAGCUUUCUUAUUCUACAGAGAUGAAGGGCCAGAAAAGUAAAGUUGCCCAAAGGUCAUAUAACCUAGGAUUUGAACCCAGAUCUUCUGACUUUAAGUUCAGUAGUCUUCCCACUCUACUAUGCUGCCUCCAUUGUAUUGUAAUUCCCCCUUAGAAAGUGCAAUAUUGUAUGUACCUCUAGUUAAAAAUCUUUAGAGAUAUAAGUUGGUUAUGUGUACUGAUUCAUUGGGGAAACUAGGCAUGUAAAUCUGGGAGAUUUCUACAUGCUCAUUUCUCAAUGGAAUCACAGGGGGGAUUGGGUAAUUAGAAUUUGCUCCCCAGGACUCUCUCCCAGCAUCCCAUUUAUGUCUCUAUGUUAACAUACUAACAUAGGGAAGAUAUAAGUUUUGUGCAGAUCCACCCUCGCUCUCUGCUCCUGGGAAGGCGGCUGUGGUGGUUGGGUGAGUGCCAGGCAGGAGAAUUUUACUCACAUGGCUUUUCUCAGGCUUUUACUUUUGUUCUUGUAUUUCUUCUACUUCAAGUGAUUGCUAAUAAAUCUUAUAAAAUAUAAUACUUGCAGUUAUUGGACAUUAAUUUAAAUUUUAUAAUUGUUAAUAUGUUUUAACCAAAGAACACAAAGUCCUGCCAUACCAUUCAGCUGAUAACCCAUUGAUGUUAGUAUGCCUUUGGAACUAUCCUUCCAUAGUCUUCCCCUUAUCUAAUAAUAAUACUAAUAAUAGACAACAUCCUUUAUCAUGGUCACUAUCUCAGUUGUUCCUUACUUUAGCCCUGUGAGCUACUUACAAAGGGUAGACUUAUUGUUCCUACCAUGAAACUAGUCUAUGGAAAAAUCAAGAUUUCAACCCAAGUAUUUCCUGACUCCAACAUGCUUUUUCAACUUCAUGUUGCUUAGAUAGUGUAUUUUUGAGGAACAGAUUAUAGGUAAGCAGAUGCAUCUAUAAAGAUAGAAUGAUAGUUUUGCUGAAAGAAGAUACUUUAGUCAAAAGGCUAUUUUAUUUGAACUGUUUCCAACAAUAAUGCAUAAGUGAAUUAAGUGAUAUUAAAUCAAGGGUUCUACCUUUUUGUGGGUCAUGGACCCCAAGGGCAGUCUGGUAAGUUUUCAGAAUUAUAUUUAAAAGGCAUAAAAUAAAACAUAUAGGAUUAUAAAGAAAUUAUGUCGAAAGUUAUCCUUGUAUUAAAGAAGUUCACAGAUAUCAAUUUAAGAGCCCCUACUUUAAAAAUCAAAAGUGUCACAUGUCAUUAUCCAGGUACAUAUGCAGUAUAGUUUAUCAUUUGAUAUGGAUAAUGUUAUUCCAGUUUAAAAAACUUUUUUCUCACUAUAAUUCAAUGUCAGGCAGAUAGUAGGAAUUACUUCCCCUAUGUUAUAGAUAAAGAAAUUGAGGUUUGGAGUGAUUAAAUAAUUUCUCUAAGGUCUUACAGCUAGGAAAGUACAGAGUCAAGACUUGAACUGAAGACUUUUAUGCCUGAGCUUCAGUAUUCUUUCUACUUUACAUGUCAUUUUUAUAAACUUUCACAAAAAUCCCCCAAAGAUAUCUGUGGAACUGGACCUGAGUGAGACAGUAAGGAAAGCUGCAAUGGAAAGACCACUAUACUUGGAGCCAGUGGAUCUAGGUUCAAAUCUCAGUUCUGCUUUGCUGGGGAAGAGUUGGAAUAGGGGAGCUCUGAAGUCCCUUCCAGUUCUAGAUCCUAUAAAUUCUGCAGCAAAGAACUGAGAUUCCCAAUUUGUUAUCUAAAGUGGUUGAAAUGUCAUCUAGUCACUUUUGACACUGAUCAAUGUGGGUGAGAAAUAUGGAAAUUUUAAUCAUUUUUGCUGCCAUAAACCAGUGUUUGCUAUUUGGCCCCAAAUAAAAUUAAUAACUCCAAGUUGCUACCAAAAUGUAAUGACUCUUAAAGGGACACCACUAAAGGCAGAUUUUUGUAGAUUGUCAUUUUAAGCAUUUAUAUGAAGCAGCAAUUUAAAGCAAGUUUCAGGUUGCUAUGGAAAAACGACACAUACCAAGAAAGAAUAAUGAUACUAUGACCUGCUCACAGCACUCAGAGUGUUUAUCCUCUGGUUCAAGUCAGUUAUUUUCCCUUAAAAAUGGGGAUGAAGUAUUUGUUUGAAGUAAAUGAUAUUUUAAUAGUUGCCAGUGCUUUGGAACUAUUAAAAUGCCACUUUUAUACACAAUUACUUUCAGCUUUUAUACUUAUUGUAAAUCACACACACAAAAAUCUGCUAACCAAGAAUGUAGAAUUCCUUGUGUUUUUAGUGUCUUUAAAGAAACUGGUUGUUCCCAUAGCCAAAGGGUAAAAAAAGAUGAAAAUAUUAAAUAGUCCUUGUUGAAUCUUUCAGUUAGGCCAAUUUUCCUGGCAUUCCUAUUUCACUGGGACUACAUCCCUAGUAUUUACUAUACAUAUACUAGGUGAACUAGAAACUGUCAUGCGAAACAUGUCUUUCCUAACAAUAUUCAAACAGUUAAACUUGAUGAGAAGAGGAGGUGAUCCUGUCCAAUGCUGUGUAAGCUAAAAUUAAUGCCAAAAUCUGAAAAGCUGUUUCCGUUUAGGUAUCCUAGAACCUUUGGCUGUAGUAGCUAAGUGUAGCUGGCCUUCUAAGUGCAUAUAUGAUCUGUUGAUCCGAUUGUUUAUGAAUAAAGACUAUUGUACCUCUCUC